AUGCCUCUCCUCCUCUUGCUGCUCCUGCUGCCAAGCCCCUUACACCCCCACCCCAUCUGUGAGGUCUCCAAAGUGGCCAGCCACCUAGAAGUGAACUGUGACAAGAGGAAUCUGACAGCGCUGCCUCCAGACCUGCCGAAAGACACAACCAUCCUCCACUUGGGUGAGAACCUCCUGUACACCUUCUCCCUGGCAACCCUGAUGCCUUUCACUCGCCUCACUCAGCUGUACCUAGAUAACUGCGAGCUCACCAAGCUCCAGGUCGAUGGGACGCUGCCAGCGCUGGGGACCCUGGAUCUAUCCCACAAUAAGCUGCAACGCCUGCCCUUGCUAGGGCAGACACUGCCUGCUCUCACCAUCCUGGACGUCUCCUUCAACCGGCUGACCUCGCUGCCUCUUGGUGCCCUGCGUGGUCUUGGCGAACUCCAAGAGCUCUACCUGAAAGGCAAUGAGCUGAAGACCCUGCCCCCAGGGCUCCUGACACCCACACCCAAGCUGGAGAAGCUGAGUCUAGCUAACAACAACUUGACUGAGCUCCCCGCUGGGCUCCUGAAUGGGCUGGGGAAUCUCGACACCCUUCUCCUCCAAGAGAACUCGCUGUAUACGAUACCAAAGGGCUUUUUUGGGUCCCACCUCCUGCCUUUUGCUUUUCUCCACGGGAACCCCUGGUUAUGCAACUGUGAGAUCCUCUAUUUUCGUCGCUGGCUGCAGGACAAUGCCGAAAAUGUCUACGUAUGGAAGCAAGGUGUGGACGUCAAGGCCAUGACCUCUAACGUGGCCAGUGUGCAGUGUGACAAUUCAGAUAAGGUUCCCGUCUACAAAUACCCAGGAAAGGGAUGCCCCACCCUUGGUGAUGAAGGUGACACAGACCUAUAUGAUUACUACACAGAAGAGGACACUGAGGAUGAUAAGGUGCAUGCCACAAGGACUGUGGUCAAGUUCCCCACCAAAGCCCAUACAACCCCCCGGGGUCUAUUCUACUCACGGUCUACUGCUUCUCUGGACAGCCAAAUGCCCUCCUCCUUGCAUCCAACACAAGGAUCCACUAAGGAGCAGCCCACAUUCCCAGCUAGAUGGAUCCCAGAUUUCACAAUUCACAUGGAAUCCAUCACAUUCUCCAAAACUCCAAAAUCCACUACUGAACCAACCCCAAGCCCGACCACCUCAGAGCCCCCCACCCCAGAGCCCGCCCCAAGCCCGACCACCCCGCAGCCCACCCCAGAGCCCGCCCCAAGCCCGACCACCCCGCAGCCCACCUCAGAGCCCGCCCCAAGCCCGACCACCCCGCAGCCCACCCCAGAGCCCGCCCCAAGCCCGACCACCCCGCAGCCCACCCCAGAGCCCGCCCCAAGCCCGACCACCCCGCAGCCCACCCCAGAGCCCGCCCCAAGCCCGACCAUCUCCACAAGCCCGACCAUCCCGGAGUCUGCCACAAGCCUGAUCGCUCCAAAAAGCAUCAUAUUUUUAACUACCUCAAAACCCAUAUCACUCUUAGAAUCCACCAAAAAAACCCUCCCUGAAUUUGAUCAGCCACCAGAGCUCCGUGGGGUGCUCCAAGGGCAUUUCGAGAGCUCCAGAAAUGACCCUUUUCUCCACCCCGACUUUUGCUGCCUCCUCCCCUUGGGCUUCUAUGUCUUGGGUCUCCUCUGGCUGCUCUUUGCCUCUGUGGUCCCCAUCCUGCUGCUGACCUGGGUCGGGCAUGUGAAACCACAGGCCCUGGGCUCUGGCCAAAGUGCUGCUCUGGCCACAGCCAUGCAAACCACACAUCUGGAGCUGCAGAGGGGACGGCAAGUGACAGUGCCCCGGGCCUGGCUGCUCUUCCUUCGAGGCUCGCUCCCCACUUUCCGCUCAAGCCUCUUCCUGUGGGUACGGCCUAAUGGCCAUGUGGGGCCUCUAGUGGCAGGAAGGAGGCCCUCAGCUCUGAGUGAGGGUCGUGGUCAGGACCUGCUGGGCACAGUGAGCAUUAGGUACUCUGGCCACAGCCUCUGA